AUGGCUCGGAGGAACGGGAACAACAACUUUCUGAAUAUCAUGAGGUCCAUGCUGAGCUUCUUAGACACAAGGAUUGAAUCGUCUGAUAUUGAUGCAAGCAACACUCCGGGAGGAGUUUUUAUGAACAGGCUAAGGAGUAGACUGGUUGACUUGAUAAGUGGCAGGAUAGGAGAUGGAGAUGACGGAAGAGAGGAUGAUGAGACAAGGGCGCCACCUCCUGGUAGAGACUUGAGGGGGCGUGGCAGGAAAGUCCGUGGCAGUGCUCGGCAAGAGGUGCCCAGCGUUGAAGAGCGGAAUCUGGUUGAUAGAUGUAAUAGAAUGAUGAAUGAAACAGAAGAGAGGCCAACGAGAGAGAGACGUCGUACCCGAGCUGUUUCGAGAGGUAGUGAGAGAAACGGAGAAACUGAAAGGCCCAGGUCUGAGGGUGUGGAAGAUCCUGUUACGCUGACGACGUCCAUUGUUGUGACAGGAGAUGGGCUUGGGAAUACCCAAGCUCCGUCACAAAGUGCAGAAGCGCAGGAUGAGACAGGACCAAGAAGCUCGAGAACUGUAGGUAGUAGAGGAUUUCGUGUUGUUUUUCCGCGCAUUCCCUCUCAGGAGCUCCGAUUUUUAUUCCUCACCCCCCAGAGUGAGGGGUCGAGGGGAAAUAUCAUAUACGAGAUACAGAUCAAUUUUGACGUGUUUGAAGCCUCGUCGGAGGCUCCUACGACUGCUACUAAGGAGUCUCUGAAGAAAAGCAGUAUUGUGAGGGCUGUGGAGGCAGACAAGGGGUGUGAGUGUGCUAUAUGCAUGUCGAACUUUAUAAAGAACCAGAGGCUGAGGGUAUUGCCAUGCGACCACAGGUUCCAUGUUGGAUGUGUCGACAAGUGGCUGCUUGGACAUUCUAAUAAGUGUCCUGUCUGCAGAACAGCCAUUUAA